GUCGGAUCGGCGACCAACAGCGGUGACAGCAGAUGGCUGACAGCUACGAACUAACGGUUCAGUCUUUCACACUCAGACAUGUUUUUGGUGUUUGACCGAGGAACACUGCCCAGUACGGAUAUGAUCUAGACUCAAGCAGACGUCAGAGUUUCCCUGACAACGAAAACUUGGCAGCUGCUCAGCCGAAACACAUGGUGAGGAAGAUGUUAAUCCACUAAGGCCGAGCAACAACCACAGAAGGACCUAUGGGCACCAUGGGCCUGCUGUCCAUUCUUCGGAGACUAAAGCAGUCACCAGAGCAGGAGGUGCGCUUACUGCUGUUAGGGUUGGACAAUGCUGGCAAGACCACCCUGUUAAAGCAGCUGGCAGCCGAAGAUAUCAGCCACAUCACCCCCACACAAGGCUUCAAUAUAAAGAGCGUGCAGUCUUCUGGGUUCAAAUUAAACGUUUGGGACAUUGGAGGCCAGCGCAAGAUCCGUCCUUACUGGAGGAAUUAUUUUGAGAACACAGAUAUGCUGAUCUAUGUGAUUGACAGCUCAGACAGGAAAAGGUUCAAAGAGACAAGUUUGGAGCUUGCCGAGUUGCUGGAGGAAGAAAAACUUGCAGCUGUGCCGCUGCUUGUGUUUGCCAACAAGCAGGACCUGAUGACAGCCUCUCCGGCAUCGGAGCUGGCAGAGAGUCUUAACCUGCACACCAUCCGGGAUCGCAUGUGGCAGGUGCAGGCCUGCUCAGCACUCACUGCAGAAGGCGUGCAGGACGGGAUGACCUGGGUUUGCAGAAAUAUAAGGUUCCGGAAGAGAUAACUGAGGAGGCGCGACCAACUUAAAGAAGCACUUUAAACUUGAUCUAUGCAGUCAUUUUAAAGAUCCUUAUGAUGUGACAGCAGAUAGUUUUUUUUUAUUUAAGUAUUACUCUUGCCAAUGUGUGUUUUUUUGAUAAAAAAGGAAGAUGUCACAUACUGUCACAGACCUCAGUGUUGUACUGUAUAUGUAAGUACAGUUUUGUUUGGAUCUUUAUAGCAUUCGUAUAUCAAUGCAAGCAAGGAUUUCAUGUAUUAGUUUUCUGAAUAACUAUUCACUUUUUGAGCUAUAGAGCCUGUUAAGGCUUGUAAGACUAACUUGAGAACGCUAGAGGGCGACGUUGCACUGGCGCACAUACUCAUUUCUAGCGAUCACUCAGUUUUCAAUCAGUGCAUCAGUGGUGUGGUAUUUUUUGCCAUGGUUAAUUUAUUUGUCAUGAUCAUUAUGGUUUUCAAACCUCAAGUAACAAACAUAAAGUGUAUUUUUGCCAUAAAAUCGGAUAGAUGCACUCUGCAAGCAUUUAAUAAGCUCUACUCCAAACAUUUUUCCUUUAAUAUUUUGCUAUUUCAAACUUGUCCCUUCAGUUUCACAGUUAAGAUUCUGGUUUUGUGCAGAAAACUCGACAUCUUAAACAGAUUGAGCAUGAAAAACUCUUUGCAUUCAUGCGCACAAGAAGCUGGCUUCAACACGUUUUUCUCACCUAUGCAAAAAAUUGCACAGAAACACCUUAGCCAUUGAAUUACUCAUAUUCUCACCUUGUUCUCCACGAUUUACCACAAGGCAAUAGCGUUCCCUGUCUCUUUCUCGCUUAAGUUUUUUGCAGCACAUUUGCCACAAAUCCGGCUAAUCUGACCUGGAUGAGUGCUCCACUGUAGUCCUAUAAGGGCAUUUACAUACAAACCUUUUCCAGGACUAAUAGCCCACCGAUACAAUUUGCAUUUAUAUAGCCCCCUUCAUACCAACAUGAUUUGGCACCUUUGCCCAUGAUAAAAAUAACCCUCCUCCUUUGGCCUUGAGUUACUGCCCUGCUGCCGGUGCUGUGUGUGCAUUGUGUGAGUCCCUUCUCAUAUGUAAGGUUGGCUGAUUUUAAUAUGCUAGAGCUGCCCAGGCCUCUGAUGUAGACUGGGACAAGUGCAUAACCCCUCAGAAUGGGCCUCAUAAUGAUUCAGCCAUCAGUGUGGGCUUUGGUCCCAUGUCCUGUAUGCAUGUUUGCUACUACUGCAUAUUAGCUUUUUGUUGAUCCAGCACUCUGGAACACUUGGCCAGGGCAAAGACUCACAUGGUAAAUAUUAAUCCACAGCAGAUCUUGCUGUACAAACUGAAAAUUGAGACCUGCAUUGUUUUUGCAAAGUUGAAAUAGAAAAAUGGAAAGUAUAGUGAAAUACCUCUUUGCCCUUUUAUCCAACAACAGCAUGUGAAUUAUAUUGCAAUGGCUGUAAAGGGGCCUUAAAUCUCAAAUGAAUUAAACUUGAUUUGCCAAACACAAAGUGUAUUGGAGUGAGUGGAUGUCCUUACCUCUGGCUCCAUCAUCACAGAGGCAAUCAGGCCUGCAAAGGGCCAUAAAUCAUGGGACUUUCCCAGCCACUCAGGGCAACACACCAGCCUCCCACACAGGGGGAAACCAAGGGGCAGAGAGGCCAACUGACUCAUGGGCCGAAGAACCAGGGAGGAGGAGAUCCUGUGACUUAAUUAAACUGCUUUAAUUCAGAGAAAGACAGAGGUGACUGUUUAAAGAAAAAAAACAUCAGAUCAUCAAGAAAUAUUAAGGUAAACAGAAUAUAUAUUUGAGAUUUGCCAUAAUUUUUUACAAAAAAACUGCUGAAUGUGAAAACACAAAAUUAAUUUAAAGAAACAUAGUGGAGGCACUUUGCAGGGUGUUUUUGUCAUAAUGAAACUUUUCUAAAGAGUCAUAACAGGUUGAGGACAAAGUUGCACUGUAGCUGCAAAGGAAAGUUUCUGUAUUCAUGCUCUCUUAAUGCAUGUUUAAGUAAAUCCUUCCCUCAAACAAACAAACGUAACAACCUGAGUUUGACAACUUCCAGCCAGUUGAUUGUGAUAAUUUAUUUGAGCUUUUUUAGUCUAUCAUGUCUGUUUUCCCUAAAUAUUUAUGUGUCAAACCACAUUACCAGAGACUGAUUUCUUUCCUGGUAUCAGUCAGUGUCAUAUAUUAAUGUAGACACAUAAUGAUAUAAAGAAGCAGAAUAUUUUCUGUCACUCUGCUCUUCUGACACCACAGCAUUAUUACAGCACAGGUGGUACUUUAAUAUUUUGAACAGAAAUCAUUUACAGCCUAUUGAAAAUUAUGUUUCAACUUUACAGGAAAACACAGCAAGUAUAAACACCUAAAGUGUCCCAGAACCUGAAAUCACACUAUUUUGGGGCAUCAUAGAAGUGAAAAUUUAGGUUUAAAAGUAAAGAAGUCUCAGAAAAUGAGUCAGCUGUAACAAUUGCUGGUCCUUUCACCCCAUCACUGUUACUGGUACUUUUGCAGUUUUUGUCUUUUUGUACCCCAUGUUUUUCGUACCAAUAUUUUGUCAGUUUGAAUUUGCAUUGGGAAUGUUUGACAAUAAAUGAUUUAAA